AUGACUCGUAAAACAUCUCUACCAUAUCCCGCGAGCCCUCCGCCGCAGCAUCCAUUCUCUCCAGCGUUCAACCAGGCGACCGACUCGGCGGACGGUCCCAGCUACCAAGAUGCAGAGAAUCCAUGGUCGGAUACCCCUCAGAAGGACCUCAGGUCUGACCGACCUCUGCCCGAUAUUCUGAGAGCAGGCCCCUCCCAUCCGAUUCAGCAUCCCGCCGUCGCUUCGGCCGGUCAAUCGUUUGCCCACAUUCCCCAAGCUCUCCGAGCGGGCCACUCGCAGGAGCACACACCGCGAUCUUCUCUCGACAGCGACCGAUCCAAGGGUUUCUGGGAGGACUCGGAUGACGAGCAAGAGCAGGGCCGCAGGAGUCCUAAAAAGGGGAACAUCGCUCUCCCAGACGCUGACCCGAGCGAGGACCCAUGGGUUAAAGUCGAGUCGGUCGAGGACAAGUCGUCUGCCAUCAAGAGGAAACCCGUGGGUUCAGGCUUAACACCCGCGCAGUCAAGACCUGACCCUCCGUCCCCCUCGGGGUUCGCAUCUAACAACCCCUUCAGACGGCCUUCCGAGCAGCUGCAGGGACCUGAUUGGGGUCAGGACAUGUUGCCACAUUCUAAAGGCAAAGAGCCGGAUCGAGGGAACAAUGUACCACCAGCUGAACAUUUUGAAGGCCUCAGCAUUGCAAGACACGCCGUGCCAGAGCUGGCAUCUUACACGCCACAGUCAACGCCUCACUCGUCGGCAAACGCUCCGGGGAGGCAGCCAUACCCAAUGCAACCUCCCAUGCCGCAAGCUCCUCCUCCUCCAGUGCCGCCAGAACCGCCAUCGCCCUUCAGCACACAACCCCCCCUGAUCCCCGUAUCUCCUAAUCAUGGCUCGAGUGACAAUCCUUGGGCAUCCAACCUUAAUCUGGGGGCUCCCACUCCUUCUCCGAUUCCGUUUGCAUCUUCGCAAAAGCAAGUGUCCAACUAUAACAAGGAUCUGCUUGACCGUGGACAGGAAAGCGGAGUCGUCUCCCUCGGCCAAGAAUUGGAGACUCUCCCGGACGCGGCACAGCAGACAGGGACAGUGGCGGUUGAGGAGCCGUCGUUGCUGGAAGACGAGGCAGAUAGGCCUCCGCUGCCUACCAGACCGGCAAACCGUGCUGACACGGAGUCCUUCGAUCCACCCGAAGGACCCCCGCCGCCAAAACCUCCCCGACCAAUCCUCCGCACUACUAUACCUUCGGAUGAAGAAGUCGCAAGGAUGGUAGAACAACGAAAUGAAACAUACCAGAUCAAGCAUUUUAACUGGUUCGACCACAGUUCGAGGAAGCUGAGACGGUCGUCCAUGUUGACGCAGAACAAGAACGGCCCCUGUCCGUUGCUGGCGCUGGUGAAUGCCCUGAUUUUGGGAGCAAAGGAUGAAUCACAAGCUGCCCUGGACGAGGCGCUUCGCACACGUGAGCAAGUCUCUCUUGGCCUCAUCAUUGAAACACUGAUGGAUGAGCUGCUAUCGAGGGGCUUGGAGGCUGUAGGAGAGGUAAUGCCGGAUGUGGAUGAACUGAAUCACUUUCUGAUGCGCCUACGGACCGGGAUGAAUGCAAACCCUCGAUUUGUACCCCCUUCAGCACCGCCGCCCAAUCUCAUGGACGCAGACGAGUCGAUGCUGGACCUCACUCGCCAGAGACGCGCGGCGCAGAGGCUUGGAACGUUCGAGGCAACUCCUGACAUGAAGCUGUACGGUGCCUUCCAAGUGCCCCUAGUUCACGGCUGGCUUCCAGAGCCUGGCUCGGACGCUGCAAGGGCCUUUGCACGUUCAGCCCAAACGUACGAAGAUGCACAGGCCUUGCAGUUCGGCGAAGAAGAAUUAGAGUACAAGCUGGCACACCAGGGUCUGUCAGAUGCCGAGGAGAAUAUGUGGCAGGACAUCAACUCGAUCAAGAACUUCUUCAAGGCGUAUCCCACCCAACUCACUCCGACAGGAUUGGAAGCCGUCCAAGAUUCUAUCCCAUCUGGGUCGUUUGCCAUCAUGUUCCGCAAUGACCACUUCAGCACGAUAUACAAGCAUCCCGAGAGUGGUCAAUCGUUCACGCUGAUCACAGAUGCCGGUUAUGCCGACCGAGACGAGAUCAUCUGGGAGAGCCUGGUUGACAUCACCGGCAAGCACAACGAAUUCUUCUCUGGCGACUUCAUGCCGGUCAGCCACAAUGAUACGGGCAAUGAAUCCUCCGCUCACCCGACAGCUCGGCGAACAUCGCAACUCUUGACCGUCAACAAUCCUCCGUCGGCAACACCACUCUCGCCUCAAGAACAGCAAGAACAACACGAUGCUGAUUUCGCAAUGGCCCUCCAGCUCCAGGAAGAAGAGGAACAGCGACAACGGGCGGAUCGCAAUCGGAGACGGACUAGUGGAAACCCUACCACCAAUACUCCUCAACAGAGAAGGCCACAAGCCGGCAAUAUCCCUAUCCCGCUACGGUCAACUCAGCAGCAGCCGGCACAACAACCUCCUGAAGUCCGACCACCUAUCCCUCCUCGCACCUCUCACGCCCAAGAACGACCGGGCGUGAACCGUCCUGCCGACGCUCUUGCCGAAGAUGCACCUCCAGCGUACGAAGAAGCCGCCAAAGGGCGACCAUAUAUUCCUCCUCUGGGCAGUCCGUUGCAUCCCUCAUCCGAACCUUCGCCGAUGAAUUCAAACACUCAGCUGACCGGCACGAUCAGCAACGCGUCGACACAUUCUGCGUCGGUGCCCGGUGCUUAUGAGCCACCGACACACCCGCCGGGCCCCAAUGCGGGACGGAGGGAUCCGAGACGACGAACGAGCGCGUAUAAUGAGACGCAGGCGUUUUAUCAGAGCCCUGGGAGAUUGCAUCCGCAGAGUGCAGUCGCGGGGCCGAGUGGACGGCAAGGGGGUAGGCGAGAGGAUCGAGACUGUAUUGUCAUGUAG